UUCCCUCCGCCAAACUUCCUGUAACACGCUAUGGCUGACUGUCGAGUGGGAUUACGUUCACUCUAAACAGUUUUGGAAGUACAAACCAACCAUGGCUUCUUCAGGAUGUGGUUGUCCGUCUAAAAAGAAAAUGUAUGAAGAUGAUGAAGAUGGAACUGAACAAGAGGAUACUGGAGAAGAUAGGGCAGUAAAAUUGCGUACAAUUGCUAAGUACCGACGAGACACAGAAAAGUCAAUCCUCAAUGAGCUGAUUGAACUGCUUCCUAUGAAUAAGGAUGUAUUGAUGAAACAAGAUAAAGCAUCUCUGCUUCGAUUAGCAAUCACAUACAUGAAGUUUAGAGAAGUGUGCGAUGCAG